CGGCGGGUCUGGCAUAGGCUCCACUCCUUUCCCUGUCAUCCAGUCCCUGUAGCUUAGGUUGAUGCACGCCGAGAGUCCCCGCUCAGUCCGCGCGUUCCUCGCUCCCCUCUCCCGCCUCUCUGUCUUCUGUCAUAGUCCCCAUGGCUUCCGGGAGUUACAGAAACGGUACUUCUUACUCUAAGCCAACGAAGCUGGACCGAACAACAUCCUCCACCUACACCACUCCCAAGCCCAUUUCCAAGUCACGUGUUUCCGCCGGAGGUGGCGCUAACAUCCGCCGAAGUAACGCUACGCCGCUCACCGUUAAGGAUGACGCCGGAGUCCCUGGGAGAGUUCGAGUUGCCGUAAGACUUAGGCCUCAGAAUUCGGAGGAGUUGGUAGCUGAUGCUGAUUUUGCUGAUUGUGUUGAAUUACUGCCUGAGCUUAAGAGGUUAAAGCUCCGCAAAAACAAUUGGGAGUCAGAAACCUAUGAAUUUGAUGAAGUGCUUACUGAAUCUGCCUCACAAAAACGUGUUUAUGAGGUUGUUGCCAAACCAGUCGUUGAGAGUGUUUUGGAGGGAUACAAUGGUACGGUUAUGGCUUACGGCCAGACUGGAACUGGAAAAACUUUUACUCUGGGAAAGCUCGGAGAGGACAACAUAGCGGCUCGUGGAAUUAUGGUCCGUGCCAUGGAGGACAUUCUUGCUGAUACUUCUCCAAGUAGUGAUUCUGUAUCCGUCUCCUACUUUCAGCUCUAUAUGGAAACAGUCCAAGAUCUUCUUUGUCCUGGGAAUGAUAACAUUGCCAUUGUAGAAGAUCCAAAGUCUGGCGAUGUGUCUAUACCUGCAGCAACUGUUGUUGAAAUCAGGGACCAGCAGAGUUUUGUAGAGCUUUUAAGAAUAGGGGAAGCUCACCGUUUUGCUGCAAAUACAAAGUUAAACACCGAGUCAUCUCGCAGUCAUGCCAUUCUAAUGGUUCAUGUUAAGAGAUCCAUAAAGGGAAGGCAUGAUGGUGAAGAUGGUUUUCCUGUUGAGAAUGGCCAGGCAUCUUCCUUGGUCAAAUCAUUCCGGCCUCCAAUAGUCAGAAAAAGUAAACUCGUUGUUGUAGAUCUUGCUGGUUCUGAGAGAAUAGAUAAGUCAGGAAGUGAGGGGCAUACAUUAGAAGAAGCAAAGUCCAUCAAUCUCUCAUUGACUGCACUGGGUAAAUGCAUUAAUGCUCUUGCAGAAAAUAGUGCGCAUGUCCCAUUUCGUGAUUCUAAGCUUACAAGAUUGCUUCGGGAUUCAUUUGGGGGAACUGCGAGGACAUCAUUGGUUGUGACAAUUGGACCAUCUCCCCGUCAUCGGGGAGAGACAUCAAGUACCAUAAUGUUUGGACAACGGGCAAUGAAGGUGGAGAACAUGGUAAAAUUAAAGGAAGAAUUUGACUACAAGAGCUUGUGCAGGAGGCUUGAUAUUGAGGUAGAUAAGUUAAUUUCUGAUAACGAAAGACAACUGAAAGAUUUUGAAGAUGAAGUUGAGAAAGUAAAAGCAGAAGCGCAAAGCCGGAUAUCUGAGAUUGAGAGAAAAUAUAUGAUUUCUCUAGAGAAUGAGAGAUUGAAGUACCAGAAAGAUUAUAUGGACUCAAUAAAGAAGCUGGAGGAGAAAUGGAUGACCAAUCAACAGAUAAGUAAGAGCAAUAAAUCUUGGAUUGGCAGUCAUGAAGGAUGCAUGGAUGGUGGAGAGGCUUCAGUGCCUUCAACUUCAGAUGGCAUGAACGAUGACAAACAGUUGCUAAAGAAUGAGAAGGCCUUAAGACAAUCUAGUGAGGAUGAGGUUUCUAGCCUUAAGAGCCAAGUGACUCAGUGGAAAAGGUUAGAGGCAGCUGCAAAUGUUGAGAUUGUAAAGCUUCAAAAGAAGCUCGAGAGUGAAGCUCAUCAGAAAGAAAAGCUUGAAGAAGAGAUAAAUAUACUAAAAAAUAAGCUGCUGCAGUUGAGUUUUGAAGCUGAUGAGACACGGAGAAGUCUUGAUAGAGGUGGAUCGGGUAAAGUCUUCUCUGGGUUUGAUGCCUUUAUGUCCCACGCUAGAUCUUCUCAAAUUCGAGACUCAGCAAACGGUCAAAAGGCAUCUAUUGCUAAACUUUCUGAGCAAGUUGGUUUGCAAAAUAUUUUGUCAUUGCUUGAAUCAGAAGAUGCAGAUGUACGUAUUCAUGCCGUAAAAGUUGUAGCUAACCUUGCAGCUGAAGAAGCUAAUCAAGAGAAGAUUGUUGAAGCUGGAGGCCUUAGUUCAUUGCUUAGCCUUCUAAGAAGCUCAGAAGAUGAAACCAUACGCAGGGUAGCGGCUGGUGCAAUUGCAAAUCUUGCAAUGAAUGAAACAAACCAAGAACUUGUAAUGGCGCAAGAUGGUAUCAGUUUGCUAUCAAUCACUGCAGCUGAUGCUGAGGACCCUCAAACUCUUCGCAUGGUGGCUGGAGCUAUUGCUAAUUUAUGUGGCAAUGAUAGACUUCAGACAAGGCUCAGAGCUGAGGGUGGCAUUAAAGCACUUCUUGGGAUGGUGAGAUGUGGGCAUCCUGAUGUUCUCGCUCAAGUUGCUCGUGGAAUUGCAAACUUUGCAAAAUGCGAGUCUAGAGCUUCUAUGCAAGGAAACAAUACCGGAUGUUCGCGUCUAAUUGAAGAUGGAGCACUCCCCUGGAUAGUCAAAAAUGCCAACAAUGAAGCCGCUCCAAUCCGGCGCCACAUUGAGCUCGCCCUAUGUCACUUGGCACAACAUGAAGUAAAUGCCAAGGAUAUGAUCACUGAAGGCGCCCUGUGGGAGCUAGUACGCAUUUCGAGGGACUGCUCUCGAGAGGACAUUAGGAUGCUUGCUCGCAAAACUCUCACUGCCAGUCCCAAGUUUCAAGCCGAGUUACGACGAUUGCGCAUCGAGUGUUGAUCGGUUUGUUGCAUUUAAGCACAAAAUCUGUGCUUUUCCAGGAAUCGCAGAUGAUCCAAUCUCAAGUUUUCUUCAGAAAAUCUUCCUGAGUUCGGAGGAAAGAUCAGAAUCAAUUCUCUCAUUAUGAAUGGAGUUUAGGAAUUGCUCUCUUUAUUCAUAAUCCUUGAAUUUGUAAUGCAAGCUAUAUGCAUUUAUUUGUAUGAAUUUUCCCUUUUUUGAUCCUGAUUAGUUCUUCCAGUUGAGCCAUAUUAGCAGCCCAAGUUUUGUAUAAAUUUGUAUAUGACAAGGGUUAAGAGAAGAAUGGUUUUAAAGCUUGAUUGGAGAAGAAUAUAUGUGGGAUCAUAUUAUUUCUAUAAUCCGGAACCAUAUUUUUCCAGCUGCAGGAGUGU